GGAAGGGAAGGGAAACGUUAAAUAGGCAGUGCGAGAGAAGAAGCCUUCAAGAUAGUAGUGAAACGGGCAUCGUUAAACGUGAAACUGUGAGAAGUCUUAAAAAGAUGGAACGUUGGUCAGGUAAAGUUGCAUUAGUGACAGGAGCAAGUACUGGGAUUGGUGCUAAAAUUGCCGAAGAAUUGGCACGAUAUAAUCUCAAGGUCGUUGCCAUUGCAAGAAGACUACACAAGUUGGAGGAAUUAAAAGCGAAAGUGGAAUCAUUAAAUUUACCGGGCACGAUUUAUCCUAUGAAAUGUGAUCUCAGGAAUGAAGAAGAAAUUUUAAAUGUUUUUAAAUAUAUUCAAAAGGAACACGAUGAAGUUAAUAUUCUUAUUAACAAUGCCGGUGUCAUUUUUCAUGAAAAAAUCAUUGAUGGCAAAACAGAAAACUUUCAUAAUAUUAUGGACGUUAAUGUGAUCGCAAUUGCUAUUUGCACAAGAGAAGCUGUUAAAUUAAUGUCUAAAUCCAAAAAUCAAGGACACAUUAUUAAUAUUAACAGCGUUUCUGGCCAUAAUGCACAAAACAUAAAAUUGCCAUUCAGUUUAUAUCCAUGCAGUAAAUAUGCUUUAAGGGCAAUGUGCGAUAGUGUUCGUAAUGAAAUUCAGAAUGAUAAAUUAAGCAUUAAAAUUUCGAAUAUCAGCCCUAGUAUUGUGAACACUGAUAUGGUUAAAGUUUUCAAUUUGAAACCAGAAAUUUUGGACAAAAUAGAAAUGUUAUCAAUAAAGAAUAUUACCGAUGGAAUUAUUUAUGUAUUAGCCAGUCCAAUUAAUGUUGAAAUUAAUGAAUUAGGAAUCAAAUCUGUGCACGGAAUAUUACCUGAAAAAAUUUAAUAUUAAGUUAGGUAAAAAUACAUAUAUUAGAAA